AUGGACAGGAGACAGUGUCGUGUGAAGUUGUCCGUCCAGCCGUCCAGAGGACUCGUGGAUGAGAAGUUUAUCAUCCUGGUCCAGAACACUCCACCUGGUUUCCGGUUGACAAUCCACGCCCUCCACAAGUGUGAAGAUGGACACAGCUGGGAGGCGUUCGCUCACUACACCACCAAUGCUACCGGAACUGUGAAUGUCUCAGAGGAUCCCAGUCUGGGUGGGACAUAUUCUGGAGUUGAACAGAUGGGUCUUCUGUGGAGCCUCAGACCUGUUCCAGGUAGCAAACCUGGGCUCAGGAUAAGGAAGUUGUACAUCCAGACUCCCAUGGAGGUCACAGUCUCGGUCUACCAAGGCCACCAGACUGAGGGCUUCACUGAUCAGGUGCCGCUGGCCAGUACAGUGGUGGAGCGCUGGUACAUGGCGCCCGGCGUCCGCAGGGUCCCAAUCACAGAGGACGGACUUACUGCAACCCUCUUCCUGCCCUCAGGACUGGGACCUUUCCCCGGCCUCUUGGAUCUGUGGGGUGGUGGAGGGAAGUUGGUGGAGUACCGUGCAGCGCUGCUGGCCUCCCACGGCUUCGCCUCCCUGGCCCUGAACUACUUGACACCAAAAAUCACCAUGGAAACUGGGAAGAUGGUGGACAAUGACUACUUUGAGACGGCCUACAGAGUCCUGGAGCAGCAUCCUGAGGUCCUCGGUAGCAGGAUCGCCAUGUUGGGUCUUUCCUUUGGCACCAGUAUUACCCUUAGAAUGGCUGUUUACUCCAAAGUUAUGAAGCUCAGGUGUGCAGUGUGUAUUAGUGGAGGUCAUGUGCAGCCGAUUGACGGGUCUGUGAAACAAAUACUGAGUUCCAUGGACGUAAACCACAGGAAGAUUCGCUUUAAUGAGCAGAACCAGCUGAUCUGGAGAGAUCUGCUGCUGCCCAUCCCCACUGACCCUGCACUCAAAGUGGAUGUGGGACGACUCCAGUGUCCUCUGCUGCUGAUUGUUGGUGAGGACGAUCAGAGCUGGCCCGCCUACGAGUCUGCAAUGGACAUGAAGGACAUGAUGGAGCGGGCGGGGAACGACCACCUGCUGACUAUCCUGUGUUAUCCGAACACCGGUCACCUGAUUGAACCUCCGUACUCUCCACACUUCCAAGUCAGCACCUUCAUAUCAGUCACCACAAGUAAGGAAGUUGUGGCUGUGUGGGGCGGAGAGACGGGGGCACAUUCACGCGCUCAGGAAGACGCCUGGAGGAAGAUGUUGGUCUUUCUGAGGGAGAAUCUGUAUGGAAGCACAAACCCUGGUGCAGCUUCAUUUUCCCGCCUGUAA